CUUUCAUAAUAUCACCCGGUUCAGUUCUGUUAUUAUUCCUCCUACACUGAACCGGUCCAUGUUACUAGGCUCAACAUUGAAUUUCUGGCUCCCAUUAACAAGCUUCCAUAUAUUUGUUUUUUCUCUGAAAAUUUCAGAGCUUUUCCCCAUGAGAUCUAUUCACAAAGUGGUGUAAAUUAAGGGGAAAUUUCUAAAGAGAAUCAACAUUUUUUUUUUAUAAUUAUAAUAAUAAGUAGAAGAGAAAAUGGCAGGAGGAGGUGAUCAUGGUAGAGAGUUGGAUCAAACACCUACAUGGGCAGUAGCUUUGGUCUGUGCAGUUAUUGUUCUUAUUUCCAUUUUAUUGGAAAAGGUUCUUCAUGCAGUUGGACAGACAUUCGAGAGAAGGCGAAAAGGCGCAUUGGUGGAAGCAUUGGAGAAGAUUAAGGGUGAGCUUAUGGUUCUGGGUUUUAUAUCGUUGCUUCUGACGUUUGGACAAAAAUACAUAGCCGGUAUAUGCAUACCUGAAAAGGUUGCAGACACAAUGCUGCCAUGUCCUGCCCAGCAUGUCCAGCAUGCAGUUGUGCCUGGACAUGGAGGUGGACAUCAUGCACCUGGACAGGGUCAUCAUCAAGAUGCUGAUGAUGAUGAUGCAGGAGACCAUCAUCGAAGGCUUUUAUGGGACCAUAUUCGGAUAUUAGCAGCUGAUAGUCCUGCCGGAGCCUGUAAGCCGGGUAAAGUUCCAUUUGUAUCCAUCCAUGGUUUGCAUCAGCUACACAUCUUCAUAUUCUUUUUAGCCGUCUUCCACGUUAUUUACAGUGCCAUAACUAUGCUGCUCGGAAGAUUAAAGAUUCGAGAGUGGAAGGAAUGGGAAAAGGAAGUUGAGCAUGAUUAUGAAGCAGCCAAUGAUGCCUCAAGAUUCAGGCUUACCAAAGAGACAUCUUUUGUUAGGGAUAAUACCAGUUUUGGGACCACCCCAGUCAUUUUCUACACUGUGUGUUUUUUUCGGCAAUUUUUCAGGUCAGUUAGGAAAGCUGACUACUUGACCAUGCGCCACGGUUUCAUCUCGGUCCAUUUAGCACCUGGAAGUAAGUUUAAUUUUCAAAAGUACAUAAAGAGAUCCCUGGAAGAUGACUUCAAGGUUGUUGUGGGUAUCAAUUCAGUGCUAUGGCUUUCUGCAGUUAUUUAUCUUCUGUUGAAUGUCCAUGGAUGGCAAGCUAUGUUUUGGCUGUCCAUACUGCCUCUAGUUAUAAUCUUAGCAGUUGGGACAAAGCUUCAAUCAAUUAUAGCUCAGAUGGCUAUUGAAAUUCAAGAAAGACAUGCUGUGGUGCAAGGCAUACCUCUUGUCCAAGUUUCAGACAGACAUUUUUGGUUCGGCAAGCCAACUCUAAUUCUUCAUCUUGUCCAUCUCACCCUCUUUCAGAAUGCUUUUGAGAUUACGUACUUCCUUUGGAUAACGUAUGAAUUUGGGCUCUAUUCCUGUUUUCACGAUAGUUUUUUCCUCGCCGUAUUGAGAGUUGCUAUCGGGGUAGGUGUUCAGAUUUUGUGCAGCUACAUUACACUUCCACUGUAUGCACUAGUUACCCAGAUGGGAUCAACCAUGAAGAGAUCUAUAUUUGAUGACCAAACUUCCAAGGCACUGAUGAAUUGGCAUAAGAAUGCAAAAAAUAAGAAGAAACCUACAAAGCCUGGACCAGUUGAAACACGAAAAUUAGGGAGUCCAAGGGAGUCACCUGAAACUUCCCCGAGUACAAGACCUGGUCAUCGAUCAAGAAUAGAAAUGUCCAAUGUAGAGCCAUCGUCCUCUAGUCAGACCGCUAACAUUGUUGCUAGCGUGGACAUUCCAGAGGAAAUAGAUGGCAGGCCACAGCCUGCGAACCCUGACCUACUUACAGGUCCUUGAUUGAGAUAACAAUGAGCAGAGAUAACUCAUGUCACAUAGAAAGGGGAAAAAAGGGAACAAACACUGAUGGUGAAAAGCUAUAACUUGUCCUGGAUAUUGGCUGUUACCCUGCUUUGCACAGCAUUGCAGAAAAACUAGCAUUUUGUUCCAAAUUCCAGUUUGACGCUCAAUUUUGUCAACUCCAUUUGUACUAUUAUCAUUACAAGAGAAGUGAAUGUAUGCUUGUGUAAUGAAGGCUAUAAAACCACGUUACGCUUGAAAGUGCCUAAUUAUACACAUUUUGAGUAUUAAAUCUCAUGUCCUUGCUAUUUACCAGCAUUAAGGUCUAAUAGGUGUACUUACAUACCUUACUCCACAACCUGUAAAUUUAUCCGCAUCUUUUUUUUCUUUCUGCGCUAUAAAACUAGGUCCAUGCUGAGGGGCCUGGAUAGUUAAACAAUUGGCAAAGAGCUUUUUGGAUUUGGAAACAAUGCAGAACCAAACUUGUUGACAAUUCAUGAUGACAGCACCAACUAUAAGAAAACACCUCAUAAUAGUCAAUGUUGGCCUCUGCACCCAUAAUGCACCAGUUUGAGGCUCAUAUUUCCCAAGGUGGGAGAUGCCAAUAAUCGAAAUUUUGAAACUGAAACUUCAGUGUAUACCAUCAAUAAGUCAGUUACAAGCU